UUCCAUUUCCUUGAGUCAUUUUUGUUUGACGACAAUACAACAGAGAUCUCUUCCCGUAUAUAUCUCUGCGUCUCUCCCUUGUCUCUCUCGCUCUCCAUACCAAAGAUCAAACCAAGAAACCAAAACAAAAAAAUGUCUAAUAACGAAGACCAUGUUGAUGAGUUUAUUUCCAAUGAAGAUUCUUUCGAAAAAGUUAAGCAGAGCCUUAAGGAUCGAUCAAAGAAAGUGGCGCAAACUAAGGAAAUCUUAUCAAAACAAGCUAAUCAAACCAAAGAGAUCUUGUCUAAACAAGCAGUUAAGAUUGCAAAACAAGCAGAGGAACAUGAAAGUUUUCUUAGUAAGGUGACUCAUCUUCUUGGUGUUCUUGGGUUUGGAGGAUUUUGCUUUCUCUUGGGAGCAAGGCCUCAAGAUAUUCCUUAUGUAUACUGUUUGUUCUAUUUCAUAUUUGUUCCUCUGAGGUGGAUUUACUAUCGGUUCAAGAAAUGGCACUAUUAUCUUCUGGACUUCUGCUAUUAUGCUAAUACUAUCUUUUCGGUCCACCUACUUCUUUAUCCAAAGAAUGAGAAGCUUUUCAUGAUUUGCUUCUCAUUUGCUGAGGGGCCGUUAGCAUGGGCGCUAAUUGUUUGGCGUUGUAGCUUGGUUUUUAGUUCUGUGGACAAAAUUGUCAGUGUCCUCAUACAUCUCUUACCUGGUAUAGUUUUCUUCACAAUACGGUGGUGGAAUCCAGUAACUUUUGAAGCUAUGCAUCCCGAAGGAGGAAUAGGCAGAGCAUCAUGGCCAUAUGUUGAAGAUAAAUCCUACCUUUUUACUUGGCUGUUGUUCGUGCCUUUAGCUGCUUAUUUCCUUUGGCAAGCUCUUUAUUUUCUCAUUGUCAAUGUCCUACGUCGGCAGAGGCUCUUAAGAGAUCCUGAAGUAAUGACUUCUUACAGGGAGCUAUCAAAGAAAGCGCAAAAAGCAAACAAUGUAUGGUGGCGACUAAGUGGUUUGCUAGGGGAUCAGAAUCGCUCGCUUAUGUACAUUCUACUGCAAGCUCUAUUCACCGUGGCAACAACCGCACUGACGGUCCCUAUCUUCUUGUCGUACGAGCUGCAUGUGGUUUUCCAAAUACUAAAGGUUUCUGCAGCUGUGUGGAAUGGAGGAAGCUUUCUGCUAGAUGUAAUGCCAAGACAGGUUAUUCUCAAACAGAAGAAGAAAACAGAGAUGCAGCCACCAGAUAUCCACCAAGAUCAGUUACCAAAUGCUCAGCCGAAUGCAAUGGAAAAUACGAUGAAGACUAUACAUUCUGUAGAGGCGCAAUAAAUUGCUACCCGCCUUGUUUCAAUAGUUAGUUUGUAACACUUGUAACGGACCUCUUUUCCCAAUCAAAGAAAAGAAAAAGAAAAAAAGGGCCCUGUAUAACUCUUUUGUGUGUGAGAAAUCAACUUUUUUUUCAAUAUACCAAUUCAAUUGUUUA